AUUCAUUUUGCCUUACAAUAUCUUCCCUUUGAUAAUGCUGUUGGGCUUGAUGAUAUUAAACUAAGUGGAUGCUCAUUUGCAGAUAUCUACAGUGGUACAUGCCCAGGCUUGCUGACAUGUCUACGCACCGGUGCAUGUAUUGACAAUCCUGACAAGUUCUGUGAUUUCACUGACAACUGUGGAGAUUCCACUGAUGAAGAUCCAGAUUUCUGCAGAGACUAUUUAAUGGAUGACUGUGAAGAAAGCUUAGGCGAUUGGUCACAAGAUGACAAAGAUGACUUUGAUUGGUCCAGACACUCUGGAAGUUGGGUCAGCAGUGGACCAAGAAGAGACCAUACCCUGGGAACACAUUUUGGGCAUUAUCUCAUUUUUGAAGGUGCAACUCACACUGAAGGACAGAUAGCCAAUCUUGUUAGUCCAGAAUUUUUGCCAACACAGGGAGGUGAUUGCAAGAUCAGAUUCUACUAUUAUAUGCACAGUUCCAACAAAGGGCAGCUUACUGUGUAUGUACGCUCAAAGAUAUCUGGUCACAAGCAACAAAUUGACCAGUACAUGACUACACUUCAGGACUCAUGGCUGUUCGGAAACAAUGCUUUGACUUCAAAUGAAAGUUUUCAGGUUGUGUUUGAAGGCAAAGUUGUAGGGCAACACUCAGCUGAUAUUGGCCUUGAUGAUAUCACAUUCACACCGCAGUGUUAUCUAGGCAACACCU